UUCUCAAUCGGUGUCCGACUGUCGGAGCAGUUAGACCUGUUUCCGCGUGUUGUGUUAUUGGAACGUUAGUGUUUCUGUUAGUUGGUUCUUCUCAUUGUUUUUGUUCGCUGAGGCUGCUCCUAAGUAGUUGGGCUAACCAUCAUCAUCAACGUCGUGGUCGUUGUCGUCAGCGUAUUCGUAGUCAUCGUCGUCGUCGCGUUGCGUUGCGGUGAUCGUUCUAGCGUGUCGGGAGCGUUGUGUGCAGGAAAGUGCAACGGAGUUUUAGCAUAUGUGUGGUGUUGCUGUCGCUGUCAAGGCCUGGAUCUGACUGCGUGGACGUUUUUACGGGAUUGGUCCGUGAGAUUUUUGUUGCUGCUAAAUAAGCGGUAGAGAGUGAUGCGUGGCAGCUACAGCUUAGCGGCUGUGCGGAUGCAGUGAAGCGUAUGUGACAUAGCUGCGGGGGUCGUCGUACCAUUCCAGAUUGAUGCAUUGAUCCAACAAUACCGAGUUCGAGGAUAGUUUGCGGAUGUGAGAUCAUGUGGAUGCUAGCAAAGGAGGGGAACAAAUUCUGAAGGCUGUUGAAAAGUCAAAGUGGAUGGGAGAAUACGCAAAGAGUGAAUGUGUGGUGCGGAACUUCGAGGAGGGCUCAAUCACGAAGACGCGUCAAACGCAUUAGCAAUUUGGAAGUUUGAAACCUGAUGAAUUAUUAUUGCUCGGUGUUGUUCGGUGUUCGGUCUUUGGAGAUCGCCGGUGUCCGAUAAGUGCAGAGAGAAAAAAAAUUGUAAAUUGCUAUCGCGCGCCGAUCGGUAUGGUCGAAAGAGGCGCAACAAGAAACGUCAAUAAAAGAGUUUCUAAUUUUCUUCUCGCGUGAUUUCUUCGGAGCAAUGUUUUGUACGAUAUGCAAUAAAUAAAAAUUCAAUCUCGUUGAUGUUGUGUUAUGUAUGGUGUGUGUAUAUUUUUUGCUCCCUCGUGUAGCUGAGAUAACAUCAAAAGUUGUGAAGCAAUAACAUAAAUUGUUUGCCGACCAAAGUGAAAUUCGUGCUUUUUUCCUCCGAGGCAAACCCAAAAGUGAUGCUCGUAAAUUCGCUGUACAACACGCAGAGCACACAUUUUUUCUUCCCUCUGAAUACUUCGUCAAAUGGUGUAAAAUCGAAAAGUGCAUACUCCCCUGUUACAACAACAACAGGUCUUUUGCAGCUGGCAAACUAGUUCAACUGCAACAACUCCAGUCAAGUGAAGGUAAAAUUUCAACCACAAGAAAGCAAAACCAAAACAACUCCGUGUUUCCGUGCAAAAAUCCGUUUGGUACAGUUCAAGUGAAACGCGAAAAAGUCUCGAGUCUUGUCCAAGAGUCCCAAGUUAGGCGAAAAGAAGAAGAAAAAAGUGAACAUCUCGCUACACCGCAAGCAAAACCGGAUCGAAACGAGAUUUACAACACAGCUCGAGGCUCGUUUUCUGCGCCUCAUCUCGACUCGACUCAGUUGGGAAAGGGUCGACUGAACAGUGUCUCAAUCAAGCGACCAAGAUUUCGGUGCCAAGUUUUCGCCCAGGGAUUGGAGCCAGCACCACUUGACCCAGAGCAACAAUUUGGCCAAAAAUAUACAGGUCAACAAGGUUUGGCGUGCGUGCGACUUCAAGCGCGGAAGAGCUUCACGUGAAUUCUCCUCACGCGUAUGCCCCCCAAUUUAUUAAGUGUGUUGUAGUUCAAGUUCGCGUAGAAGUGAGAGCGAAACCCGCUCAUCUCAUCAGCAUAAUCGGCACCGAAUUUCCCCCCUCGUCCGUAAUAUUUUCGUGUGUCCCUUUCACAUUGCACUGCUGGCUGGCUGACUGGGACAAGCCUUCAAGUGUAUUGGUGCACGUGUUUUCGAGUUUUCGGAUACGGAUACGGGAUAAACGCAGCAUCCGACACGACACGGAGACGCUCGCGCAAAGUUCAAGGUUUUGAAUGAACAACCAAAUACCACAAAAUUAAGAAUUUCAUCUGUUAAGCUGGAUUGAAUGAAACUAAAAUAAGAUGUCGUCCGGAUUGAUGUCUUGCGUUCGCGAGAAUUCCCCUCCGCUGGAAUCGGGUCCGGAACCGACUCUGUCUCAUUCAAAGUCCCAGUCUCACCACAGCGUUGGAGCGUAUGGCAGCGGGGGAGGUGGCCAGGGAAUGCUGCUGAUGAAGGGCGACGGUCGAUCCGGAGGCGGGGGCGGAGGUGGGAUGAUGAUGCAUGAUCCUAAUGACAUGCCAAUCACAAUCACCACUCCAGAACACCAGCAGCAACAACAAGCCCCCGGAGACACCAGCACAACCCGACGCAAGCGCUUUCACCCGUUGCGUAAUCUGAGGCGCAUCUUCCGGCGCCGGACAGUUUCAUCGGCCGAUGCCACUGCUCCCCGGCAGCUGCUGGGCAAGGGACAACACAAUCAUCCAACGCACAUCCACUUUGCCACUUCCGGCUGCUCGACGACGGAUGCCACAUUGCCGCGGGUUUCCCAUCACCACGGUAGCAGUAGUGGCAGUGGCGCAAUGGCAUCGGGAACCGGACCCGGCUUGGGACUUCCGAUAACCAUUCGGGCCGAUUCGGGAGGCGGUGGAGGGGGUGGCGUAGGAGGAAGUGCUACCCUCGGGGCCAAUAUUGGAGGAGGAUUCUACAAGCGGGAAACCUAUCGGCUGCGGGAUGCCGAUGAUCUGGACAAGGACAUGUCCGACUAUCAGCGGAGCUUGAGCGAGGGUCGACUCGUGGACAGUGACAUAAGUCGCGAUGGACUGUCCCAAUCUCACGACAGUGUGUUCUCCGAGUCGGCUGGAACGGCAAGCAGUCUUUCGAUUACGCUGAAGAACGAGCUGGCCGAUGUGUUGCGGAAACGCCGAAAGGACCGCCAGAAUGAGGCAUCGGAUGAGGAUCUGGGCCUGCCCCAAAGUCCCAUCACACCACAGCGCAAGGAACGGGGCAUCAACAAGAGCGAGGGUUCGUUGAGCAUCCUUAGCAUGACCAGUUCCGAUUUGGAUCUGGAGGAACGUUCCGGGUCCAAUGCCAGUGGGCACAAUUUGCUGCAUCUGGAUUCGUCCGGCUCCUCCAGCAUGUACAACAAUCGAUCCAGCAGCGACGGAAAUGACGAUAAUGGAGCUGAUUCACCGGCAUCCAAGUUGAGUCAUUCCGCUGCCAAACACAAACUUGCCGUCAGACCAAAGAAGAAGGGACCGACACGUGCUAGACCGCGUACACGAGAGCCAUCCGUCCUGCCCGCCACACCGGAGGUCAACGAGGAAAGCCUCAAACUUUCGAGCAACGACAUUUCCACACAUCUACCACUGGUGGACAGCCACGAGGAGGAGGAGAAAUGCCACUCACUUCCGUUUGUGGUCAAUUCUGGACCCAUGAUGCCACAUCCGGUGAUGACCGGUAGCAGCAGCACCACCAUUAUCAACAAAUCACCGGGCAAAGAAUCGACCCUGAUGCACUCGUCGAAUCUGUCCGCAUCGAUGUCACUGGCUGCCGGAAGUCACGCUUCGAACACGGCCAUCUAUGUUAACCGGAACAUUUCGAAGAGCUAUGAUUUCAAGGGUCUUUCGAAUGGGAAGGGACAGGUGGGGGAGGAGGGUGACUUUUUGGGAGGUGGAGAAAAGAAGGAGGACGACGGGUUCUUUAAGAGGAUUUUGAAUUAUAGCUUCAAAAAGAAGAAACACGAUCAUGGUUCGAGGGAUGAGCUUAUGCAUUCGGGUGGGCCGGUGGCUUCUCCUAGGAAGGAGGAUAAUAGAAGUACGGUUUAUAUUACUUCUAAUAUGACCGUGGCCCCAGAUCAGUUGGGAAAGUUGUCGCUACCUGUUAAUGAUGAUGGAGCGGAUUUGAAUGGGUAUAAGAAGAUCAAGGCUGGUCCUGCUGCUAGACAGAGAAUUUAUCCGAAGGAAAUAUUCGGGAACGAGGUUGAUAGUGGUCCAGUGGAGAGUCAUAGAUAUUCGUCAAAUGUGGAAGUUAAUCGUCGCUCGACUUGCUCUACUGGAAGUGGAUCGAUAGUUAUCAAUGGAGGUGAUCAGAAGAUGGCUUCGCACAAGAGUGAAGAGUAUUUGGUCUCGAACACAAGAAAGUUUAGCGAGCGUAGUUUCGAUGAUGAGGAUGAUGAAGAGAUUGGUAGGAAGUACCAGCCAAAUGUAGAGAAGGUAAAGAAUCCGAAGAUCUACGGUUUGAGUCCGUAUCAGCAGCGUAUUGCGAAGAUAAGUGUGAAUCAAGGCGAUUCGCCGACGAAAGAUAGUCCUACCAAGCGUAGGGCUGUGGAAAAAUCCAAGAGUUUUCGUGUUUACAGUGAUACAGUUUCAAAUCAACUGACAAACGCCAACAACUUGCCUAGUCUACCCAAUCUGACGAAUUCGCUGUCGAUUGGGAAUUUCACGAAUAAUUUCCUGGAGACAGAGCACAAAUUCUUCAGUAUGACCGAAAAUAUUAACAAACCCAGUCAGAAAAUAUUCAAAGAUUACAUAACGAAUGUGGACCAACCAUUGGAAGAGGGAAGAAUGACAUCGUCAACUAGCUCUUUGCAGAAGUUUGAAAUUAAUGAUAAUAAUCUGUUGAAUCCUCGUGAACAGGAACAUGUUGACCAUCAGCCAAAGUCGAUUGUUCUGACAAGCAAUGCUCUUGCCCCACCGGAACCGAAUAGCAUUCUUCACAAAUCAAACCAGAACAUCUCUCAGAUUGAGGAGAACAUUGAUAAACUGGUAUCGUCGCCUUUUGUCAGUAUCAUCAAGGAUGCCACCGGAAGUAGCGAUCGGUUGGAUCAGCCAGAACAAACGCCAUCCAGCAAAGUGCCAGAAUUUAUGAAGAUUCAGUUGAACAGAGUGGAAACUGCUCGACUGAAGGCGAACGUUGUUCUGACCACGGCACCGCAGAUUAGCAAUAACAGUGCCGGAAGCACGCCAACACCGACUCCAUCGAGUUUAGUAGCUGUUGAAGAACCGGUGAAGACACGAAGGUUCAGCAAUGAGAACAUAGAAAUCACUGAAAGCAAGCCACCUCUUCCACCGUCCGCAGUAACUGUGGCCGCCAAUAGGAAUAGUCUCAUCGAAGGUCCACCGAGAAGUCCACCGGCUUUCAAACGAGUAGAGUCCAAUUCGAAACGAAACUCGAUAAAUUUGACCCAAGAGAUUAGUGAUGAUCGGAAGGUAAUUCUGCAGCGCAGAACUUCGGUAACUGAGGAGAAAAUAAAGUACGAAAGAAGAAUUUCGUCUUCUUCGGAGGAUAUUAAGAUAGAACGGAAGAAAUCAGGGUCUGAGGAACUGCUGGAAAAGCGGAACAGCACCAAUUACAAUAGCGGUUCCAGUAGCGGUGAUGAGCUGGUGGUUCUACGUAAAAAAUCUAUUCUAGAUAACUUCAAGGACAAGGACAAGGAUACUCCAGAGCUAAUGAAGGUGUUUGCAAGGCGAUCACUUAAGCUACGAUCUGACGAAGACUACCGAACUGGAGAAACAAAAGUAAUUUCAAAUGUAGAUAGUGACAAGGAAAAUCAGUCAAGUGAGGAGAAGUUGGAUAAGUUAGUUAAGAGCGAAGGAAACGGUCAGAAGGGUGGAAAUGGUAAUGUAGUAGCGAAGGAACCGAGCGAGUCAAAAGUUAAUCCAGAAAACAACGCUAACGAAGCUCAUAGAAAGAGCAUUUCGAAGCCGUUCGGUAUGCCAAAUCGAUUCGGCAACUCGGCUAACGUUCAACCCAGAAAUGCUUCUUCCUUUGUAGAACUUCGCAAAUCGCUCAUCAACGGAUCUUCUCCCACGAAUACUCCACCAGCUAAUGCAAACACAAAGAACGGUCUUGAAAGCAACGAGCCGCCCGUAAAUAACGGUACCAGUAACAAUACCAAUGGUAAUAACAACACAGCCAACAAUCGCCAUACAAUUGCCACAAUGAAUCAGUUCAAUCUGAACGCCAACAAUAAUAACAAUACCACCAUUUGUGGCAACCCGAAUAGCAAUACGGGCACCAUCGAAACCAUUGGAGAGUCGAACGAAUUCAAGGGAAUCCUACAGCGCCGAGCCGAGUGGGAAAAACGCGCCAAGGAAGGUUUUAAAUAAAGUGUUUGUGUGUGCUCACAACAAAACGUUUUAGCCAACCCACUGUAGAUCAGUGUGGCGUUUAAGUCAAAACUACUCCAUCUAUUGUAGAUCCUAGAACUUCCUAUCUACCUUCUAAAAGUCGUAGACCGUCGAGCUGUUGAACUCUAACGAAGAAAUAAUAGAACUCACUUCACCAUUCCGUAGAGCAUCGUCAAAUUCGGACUGAUAUAAAAAUCUUUUGAAAUCGUGGUUUUUCAUCCCUACUUCAGAGGAAUAAAAAGUAGAGAGAGUAGUCCAAGAGUGAUCUAGCAGCAGAACAUCUCCGUAAUGCAACGACUUCACUCACAUGAAUGUUAAAAAAAAAAUCUGACGUUAUCUUCUGUCACCGUCCCUUUCUCCCAAAAAAGUUUAGAAAUAUUGAUUUGACCAAGACCGAAUCCAAUGGUGCAUUGAAAAACGAAAACCUUUUUCGAGUAGUAGAAUCAUCAAAAGUAGUGUCAUAGCUCUAGUACUGCAAACUAAGUAAUCCGAAACUGCUGCUACGUCGUCUGAUUGUUUACCUUAUGAUGUCAAUUCUAGGACGAAACCCGUCGCGUAUGUGACGAAAAUCACGAUAAUCAAACAGCUAGGUUCUCUGAAUAAUGCUUUCAUUUCAAAUACUAAAAACAAAAUGUGAUAAAACCGUUAAAAUUAUUAUAUUGCGAUAUUUUAAACAAGUUGUAACUAAUGUUUUCGACAGCGCGGAACUAACUCGCUGAAACCAUUUCCAUACUUCCUGCUCGUAGCUCUUGAUACGGACGCUGUCUUUUUUAUAUAAGAAACUUGGAAAUUUGUAACUAAAUAUCAUUAGCUGAUCGAUUGAAAGCGUUUAAGUUAAGUUUCUACCUGUAUUGUUGACUAAAAUCAAUAGAAAAUAUUGUUUAAGUGUAUAUACCACGUUAAGCGAAUUGUGUAACUCGUCUGCUAAAUCGCAACACCCUAUCGAUCAUUGAUUAUUUCAAGCAAGCAAUUGUUUCCAAAUAUUUAUGAGCUGUUAGUUUAACAUAAAAAAAACUCUAGCUUCGAUAUGCGUAUGAUCAAAGUAUCGACUGGAUGCACCAUAUUAGAGAGCGUGAAUCAAAACAAAUCUCUUAAUCAGCGUGUGUUUUCAACAAUCUUUAUUAGCGGAUAAUAUUUACUGAGUGUUUUAGUAGUAUGAAUCGUCGAGGAGCAGAAGCAACCAUCAAUAGCUCAAGAGGCGUCACAGACAUAUUUUACCAGGACCGUUACGCAUAAAGGGAGAAGCCGAUAUAUAUUUUUGUGAACGAGUCGAUAUUCGUCUAACGUCAAACGUUCAGGUCUUUCAGUGACCAAAUUUUUUUUUUGUUCGGAAAACAUUCACCGAAAAUGUGAUUAGCACUGCAGUAAGAACUAAGUGUUAUUCUAGCGAGUCGAAAUUGAAAUCAAAACAACAAUAUCAUCUGUAAAUGUAGUCGCAUAUUUGAGGAACAUCAAUAAAAUUGCUAAUAAUUUAA